AUGAAAAUUCAACUCCGAUUAGAUUAAAAUGGACAGGAAGAAAUAACACUUGCUGUGGUGAUAAAAUAUUUUAUACAAACUAAAGUGCUAAAUUUAUUAUAGUUCUAACUUUAUUGUUUAUUUAAGCAAUUCUAUAUUAGCUUAUAUAUGUAAGAUGAAAACAUAUUCUUAGAUGAAAAUAUAAUAUUAUGAAUUAAUUCUAUCAGUAUUAUCUAUCUAUUUAUUGAUUGCUACUUAUUGCACAGAUCCUGGAAUUAUGCCUAAGAUUGUAAUAUGCUAAUAAAUAUGUAGAUAGUUUUAUAAACAUGAAGAUGAUAUAGAAAAGCUAUAAAUACCAUAAUCAACUAAGAAAAAAUAGAUUUAACAUGUUAUUGUCAGAUUAGAAUCUCAUACAAUAAGAUUAAAAUAUUGUCCAACUUGCAAAAUAUACAGACCUUCUAGAUUAUCUCAUUGUGGAUUUUGUAAUAAUUGUGUGUUAAGAUUUGAUCAUCAUUGCAAUUGGAUUGGUACAUGUAUAGGAAGGAGAAAUAUAAGAUCUUUUUAUUUUUUUUUGCUCACCCUUAAUACUCAAUUUAUUUUAGAAAUAGUUAAGCUCUCGAUUAUUUAAUCCUCUAUCUGUAUAUAUUGUAUAGUUAUGAUUGUUGCUUUAGGUUUGAUAACAAUUCUUAUAUUUGGUUUAUUUUGUUAUCAUACAUUUCUAAUUUGUAACAACUAAACUACAAAUGAACAUUUAAAACAUACUUGGACUUUAGAUAGUGGGAAUCCAUAUGAUAAGUAAACAAAAUUUAUAGAUAUUUUAGGGGUUCAAUCUCAAAAAAUAUUUGUAAUAUAUUAUUUAGUCAUGUACCAAAACAAAUGGUUUAUUUAAAUAAGAGAUUAUUUUCUUAGCCAAUCCUUAAAACAAAAGAAGAUAAAUAAUUCUAAUAAGUUGAAAUGUCCAAAAUUAACUCAUAGAUUAAUUGA